AUGGCCAAAACUAAAACCGUUGAUAAAGAACUCGACCUAGACGAUGAUGAUGAUGAUCUGUUUGAGGGAAUUGACCAACUGAAAGAGUCUUUGGAGGCAGACGAUCUUGAUGAUGAGGAUUAUGAAGAGAUAUCCCAAGAUUACGAUAGCGAUGAUAAUGCUCAAAUGGGAGAGGUUUUGGAAGGACAAUCGGAAAACUUUCAAAGAGGAGAUUAUUUAUCAUCAUCAAGACCAAUCUCAGCAAAUCCUGCGAUUGAAUUGGGAUUUUCUGAUGAUGAAGAGCUCGACCCUGAUCUGAUUGAUGAUGAUGCUGAUUUCCGAGAAGCUCUUAGAGAAGCUUCCAAUUUUAAGCCGAAGCGUAAGACCGGUGGUAUGGCUGCCAUGAAAAGACGCAUGAGAAAGGAUAGAGAACUUGAUCCUGAAGUGAGAAUGCUUUUAUCUCAAGCUAAUGAAGCAUUUGUAAGAGGAGACUUACAAGUUGCCCAAGAGACGUACGGUGAGGUUAUCAAGAAAGAUUCUAAAAGUUUCAGCGCUUAUAAGACCUUAGGAGAAAUUUACAAGAUUCAAGGUCUUUUAAACAAGUGUGUAACCUUAUGGAUCAUUGCUGCUCAUUUACAUUCCUGGGAUUCUGAGUUCUGGUCCAUGGUGGCUGAAUUAUCCUACCAGUUAGGACAUACCAGCCAAGCUAUUUACUGUUAUUCAAGAGGAAUUUCUGCAAGCGAUCACAAGGAUCUGAAAGCCAUAUUUGAUAGAGCCGUAAUUUAUCGAGAAGUCGGUCAGUAUGGUAGAGCUUCUGAGAGUUUUCAAAAAUUGUUUCAUAUUAUGCCUACAAAUUCAACUAUUUUGAAAGAGCUAGCUCUUGUUUAUUUGAAACAAAAACGAAUAAGUGAUGCAAUCGCAUUGUAUAAGAAGGUAUUUGAAGAAAACAAAAAUUAUCGACAGUUGAUUGAAGAAGACCCCACAUCUUUUGAACGGUUACAAGUUCCGCAGUUUGGAUGGUCAGAGUUGAAUAUCCUUUCUGAACUAUGUAGCAAACAGGGGGCAUGGAGAAUGGGGAUUUCUGAUAUUAAGACUAUUGCACGCUGGAUUCAGCGUCGUGAAUCUGAAACUUUUUGGCAGGAUCAGAAGGAUGAUUCAGAAUUUGAUGACAGGAGACGCUCGAUAGAAGCUUUUAAGGCCCUUCCAGAAGUAGAAAAACAAAAGAGUCAUAACUUGCCGAUUGAUAUAAGGAUUCAAUUAGGAUUCUUUAGGCUGCGUCUCAAAGAGAAUGAUGAAGCUUUAAUUCAUUUCGGUUAUCUUAUGGAUUCUGCUAUCGAGAAUACAGCGGAUCUUUAUUUGGAAGUUGGAACUUCUUUGGAAAAAAUCGGAUUGUUUCACGAGGCUUUGAAAUUUCUCUCACCAUUAUCAGAGCUAGAACCUUAUCAUAAUGUGGAAUUGAUUAUGAUCAUAGCUAGAUGUUUAGUUGAGACCGAAGAUUAUACGCAAGCAAAAGCAGCUUACUUGUCUCUUGCUCAAAAUGACCCAGAUAAUAUAGAUGUUUUACUAUCUUUGGCAGAAGUAUGUUUCCACUUGGGAGAAAAUGAGGAAGCCAAUCAACUAUUUGUUCAAAUUGAAUCAAAGAAGGAACAAUUAGCUCUCGAAGAUUUUGAAAAUGAGGCAGAUGAGACUAUGGUUGACAUAGGUUCAACUGGAGAGCCUGCUGAACCAAUAAUUGAUCAAGCUUUGAUUCUUGAGAGUAGUCGAAGAAAAGGGAAGAAACGGGACGUAUACACCAAGGAUGAAAUUGCUGAUAUGGAACAAAGUGCGUUGGCUCGAGUUGCACAUACCUACUCUCGAUUGAAAAGGUUGGGGGAUGAACCCAAGGAGAAGGGCAACUUUGUCAUGAAAGCAUGGCUUGAAAUUGCUGCUGAUUUGAUUGAAAUGUUCCUGCUUUCCAACAUUUUCAUAUCUCGAGAGAAAGUCAAGCGAUUCUUAGCACUGAUGAACCGUAAGCGAACUCAGAUGCUGAAAGUUGGGCAAAAGAUUACGAGAAUGAAAUAUGUUAGAGAGGAGACAGAACUUGCAAGACUUCCAGAGACAAAAAAGCUACGCAACACAGCUUCUCAGCUUGAGGAGUUCAGAGGAUUGAAAAUCUCAGAAUGGAGUGAUAUAUUUUUUAGAUAUUGCCUUGCAUUAGCAUCAUAUGAUGACUCUGAGGAAGUAUUAAUGCUAGUUGAAGUUGUGAAGGGCAUUGAAAUUUUUACCAAUACUAAACAAAAGACAACUCUGGUUAAUUUGCUGCAACUGUCCGUUGCUCUCCAGAUGGAUGACAAUCAAUUGAUCAACUCAACUAUAAGAAACUUAUUAGUGGCAUAUCAAUUCAACUCAGAGGUGUUCAGAAUUUUCAUGACCUUUAACAAAUCUAGUAAUGACGCCAUAAAUGUUUAUUCUGAUUCCAUUAACUCCAAGUUUUUUCUGAGACAACUAAAAGCUCAUGAUUCUUUACGUCUAGGAAAGAAGAUCGUGGGAAUGGCUAACUUGGUGAAUCAAGAGGUCGACUCAACUCGAAUAAACCCCUACCUUUAUCACAUUUACAGUACACUGCUGUUUUCGAAGAGAAGUUAUACAUCUUCAUUAGGAUACGAAAUCAAAGUUUACAGAGAGUUUCGGGAGGACCCGUUAAUUUGUCUUAUUAUAGGGGUAAGUUAUCUCAAUCGUUCCAUUCAAAGAGUGAUUCCAAAUAGACACUUUGAAGUUUUACAAGCUUUUACUUAUUUCUUAGAGUAUCAAGAAAUAAGAGAAAAAAAAGAUGGCUCCAAAGGGAUUAAAAUGGAGACAGUUUACAACAUUGGAAGAGCAUUCCACUUUUUGGGGCUUACGACCAUGGCCAUCCCGUACUAUGAAGAAGUUUUAGCAAUGGAGCCAGUGGAACCAGACUAUAAUUUGAAAAUGGAGGCAGGCUAUAACCUCGCCAAUAUAUACAACAUGGAUGGAAAUUUUCAAGCUGCCCGUAGAGUCAUGGAGGAACACUUGGUGAUAAACUAA